GGAACAUGGUCCUAUGCCGCUAACAGGCGCUGCCGCCUCGCGGCUGGAAGACACCGUACCCAUGCUCAUGUCAUUCCCUGACUGGUACAAUUUCCGAGUCUGCCUUAUCCUCCAAAAGCCCACCGUUCGAACGGCUUGCUUCGAGAAGACACUGCCACAGCACUGCAAACAGACAUCCGAUCCUAGAUCUGUGGAGGCUUUUUACCACCUACGUCGUGCAGAUAUAUUCCGGUGCCUGGACGCCCUACAGUGCCACUCGUCACCAACCAUCACCACCAUCUUCGGAUCUACCUUCUAAAGACAUCGUUCGCCACUGUGCAUCAUAUUCAGUUUCAUAUUCUUUGACACUAACCCUUUGUCACUAUGCAGUACGCAGAGCAACCUACACCUCCUUUCAAUUCGCCCUAUCAGACGCAUGCACCAAGGUCAGACUCCUUACUUGAGCCACCCUACCUGUCCCCAAACCGGCAUGAAUCCACGUCAAAGUAUCCGCAAGGCCUUGGACUCUACAACUACCACCAUCAAGUUCCCACAACUCUGCCUCCGUCACCAUCGCCCUCAGAUUCCUGGUCUGGUCACGUCUCAACUGACGCCUCUCCUCUUAUGGCACACGCGAUUGCGGAUCCAUAUGCAUCAGGAGCAUUCGAGCACCCAAUCAUUCAAUCUCCACAACCUUGGAACGGCGCACAACUAUCGCCCCGGUCGUCGGUGUCGUCUGUCAUAAUGGUACCGGUGUACUCUCAUUCUGGAUCUGAUAACGCCUACCAUGAGAUGAGCCAAGGGAGGGGAGCGAUAAGCCUUGAAGGCCAUGGGUGGACUCAUGAUGCACGCUAUGUGCACAACGAGCCAACGCUUCCAUUAUCGCGGCAUCAUCCACUGACAGUUGCUCCUGAGAGACUCAACAGCACUAUCCUCCCUUACGAGAAUGCGUAUGGUUCGACACAGGUGGCCAAGCUCGAGUCUACACCCGCACCGGGAUACGAGAAUCUUGCUUACGUUCGAGCAUCCAGCGAGAGGAGCACUCGAACACGCACAGAAUACCCCCAGGCUUCUGUACACCAGGCCUCUGUAUACCGACAGCGUAGGCGCGGUCGCAGGCAAACCGGGCUUUCAACAGCCGCCUUUCGUUGCUACCGAUGCGACAAAGGAUUUGCACGUCAAUACAACUACAAGCAGCAUUUGGAGACUCAUAAAGAAAACCGAGAGAAGCCACAUGUCUGCCCUUAUGAGGAUUGCCCAAAGGCUUUUGUUCGUAAAACCGACCUAAAUAGGCACAACACAAGCGUUCACUUAAGGUACAAGGACUUCCAAUGCCAUAGGUGUACUGCUAAAUUUGCGCGGAAGGACACACGCACCAGGCACGAAGAAGAUGGCUGCUCCAAUCGCGGUCAAGUGUCCAGCUCAGAAACGAUGGAUGCAGAGUACCGACACCAUGCACACUACGCAUCGAAACUAUAGGAAAGGAGGAUGUCUGAAAAAUUGUAUGUGAGCGUGGGUGGUAACAUUUGAGCGUCAUUUGCUAUCUUGCAUUGUAGCGUUGGUUUGGCUUUCGGUGCAUUCAAGCUGUAGUUACUGGGUGGUAUUCUGCUAUUUUGUAUUUGUUCUGGGGGCGCUCUAGCAUUAGAGGUCAUACGUAUGACCUAGAGUGAGAUUCCUGC